CUUUUCAUCCCAGCUCCCAGGCCAACGUCACCAUUCUCUCCACCAACACCUUCACUCUUCCCACCACCACCCCCACCACCACCACCAUUAAUUCCUUCGCCAUCGCAAUUCAUGAAUUCCGGCGAUUUUUUUGAGUAAUCCACAUGCAUAUCCGAUGUUCGCCGCGUCGAACCCUCCUCCUCCUUCCUCUUCGAUUAUAUGUAGUCCAAGAAAGUUUUAGGAUUACUGUGGAAGGAUCACUGAAUAAUUAAUUAACCUUUGUUAUUUACUUCAGCGUUCGAAUUGGAUUGCUAAAAGCUCUUUCCCCAACUCGGUUGUAAUGGCGGAAGAGAGGAUCACAGCUACUGUGAGAGCACAAAACAUCUCCCCUACAGUCACGGCCGCAGAGCUCUUGGCUUUCCUUGAAUCAGUAAUCGGUGAGGACACCGUAUUUGCUUGUGAAAUCUUCUCAGAGAGGAAGAAUUGGAAGUCCAAAGGCCAUGGUAGGGUCCAGUUUGAGACCCUUGAUGCAAAGGUGAGAGCUUUAACCCUAUCCGAGGAAGGAAAACUGCUGUUUAGAGGCUAUGCUUUAAGGCUUUCACAUUCCCUCAACGAGGUCAUCUACAGGCCUGUGGAUCCUAACCUCAGGAUUCCAAAUGGGGUUUUGCAUACUGGGUUCUUGGGGAAGCAGGAUUGCAUGACUGUCUUGGAGAGUUGGUAUGGCGUCAAAUUCUGGGUUAUGCGUGAGAGGAAGGCGAUUGAAUUUUGGUUGACCUAUGGUGAAGACACCUAUAAGCUGGAAGUUCAAUUUCAUGAUGUGCUGGAGAGCUGUGAGUGCUCUUUGAAUGCGCAAAAAUCCCGUGCUGUUCUUCUGAAGCUUAAACAUGCACCAAAAAUACACAGAAAAGUUUCAGGAACCAAUGUUGCUUCAAAGUUUGGUGCUGACAGAUAUCAUGUUUGCAAGGAAGAUUUUGACUUCGUUUGGGUUCGCACUACUGAAUUUUCUGGCAUAAAAUCCAUUGGUCUUUCAUCAACUCUCUGUUUAGAAAUGAAGGGAGAAUUUUCUAUGUUGGGCCUUUUGGACCCAUCCAAGAAUCUGCCAUAUUAUAAUGGAGAUCUGCUCGAACUAAAUCUUGAAGGAGCAGAAGUUUCUAUUUCAUCUGAUCUGGUUCCCCUUAUAAAUUGCCACCCAGACCUCAAACUAUCAUAUGAGAUUCUCUUUCAGCUUAACUCGCUGAUCCAUACCCAAAAACUGAGCCUUGGGGCUGUUGAUGCCCGCCUGAUGGAGGAAUUGAAUAGAUUGGAUUGGGACACUGCAAAUUUGAUUCUUCAAAAAAUGCACAAGUUGCCAUCAAUGUGUUAUGAGCCCAUGUUAUUCAUCAACAACACACUGCAUUCUAUGGCAGAAAAGGGUAAAGGUCUUGCAUCAUCCCUCGGCAAUCUGAAAAAUAAUAAUAUGAUGAAGUGUCAUAGAGUGCUUGUAACACCAACAAAGAUAUACUGCAUGGGUCCAGAGCUUGAAACAUCAAACUAUGUUGUGAGGAACUUUUCGAAACAUGCUUCAGAUUUUGUGAGAGUUACUUUUGUAGAUGAAGAUUGGGGUAAGCUUUCACCUGGUGCUGUUUAUACAUCUUUGGAUCGUGGUUUAUUUGCCAAGAACUACCGGACAAACAUCUACUAUCGGAUUUUGUCUAUCCUUAAAGAUGGGAUUGUAAUCGGACAGAAGAGAUUUCUUUUUCUGGCCUUCUCAGCCAGUCAGUUGCGUUCAAAUUCCGUCUGGAUGUUUGCGUCUAAUGAUGAGUUGAGAGCAGAAGAGAUCAGAGACUGGAUGGGUUGCUUUAACAAGAUUCGAAGUAUAUCCAAAUGUGCUGCGAGAAUGGGCCAGUUGUUUAGCACCUCUGUACAAACUCUUGAAGUACCACCACAGCAUGUUGAGGUUAUUUGUGAUAUAGAAGUGAUAACUGAUGGUGACACCUAUUGCUUCUCAGAUGGUAUUGGAAAGAUUUCUCAAGCUUUUGCUAGACAGGUUGCCCAAAAGUGCGGACUAAAUCACACCCCCUCCGCAUUUCAAAUAAGAUAUGGUGGAUAUAAAGGUGUUUUGGCCGUGGACCGCAACUCUUUCCGAAAAAUUUCUGUUCGUGAUAGUAUGCAUAAAUUUGAGUCAAAGAACAGGAUGCUCAAUGUAACUAAGUGGAAUGAAGCAAUGCCUUGCUAUUUGAACCGGGAGAUUGUUACUCUUUUGUCCACCUUGGGCAUUGAGGACCAACCAUUCCUGGAAUUGCAAGAUAACCAACUACAGCAGCUGGACAAGAUGCUGACGAAUCGCGAUGAUGCCGUAGAUAUUUUGGCAAGCAUGGGAAUUAAGGAAUCCAAAAGUAUUGUGGUGAAAAUGUUGCUUCAUGGUUAUGAGCCUUGUAUGGAACCUUAUCUUUCGAUGAUGCUACAAUCAUAUCGUGAAAACCAGCUCUCUGAUUUGAGGGGUAGGUGUAGAUUGUUUGUUCCAAAAGGCCGGAUACUACUUGGAUGCCUAGAUGAAACGGGAAUUUUGAGUUAUGGACAGAUUUAUGUUCGUAUAACUUUGACCAAAGCCGAGCAACUAGGUGGUGAAAAGAAAUUCCGUAUAACGGAUGAUGGAACUGCAAUAGUUACGGGGAAAGUUGUGGUCACAAAGAACCCGUGUCUUCAUCCAGGAGAUGUUAGAGUCCUUGAGGCUGUUUAUGAGGUGGCUUUAGAGGAAAAAGGUCUUUUUGAUUGUGUUAUAUUCCCCCAGAAAGGUGACAGGCCGCAUCCGAGUGAAUGCUCUGGUGGUGACCUUGAUGGUGAUUUGUACUUCGUCAGCUGGGAUGAAAGUCUCAUUCCGUGUCAGAUGGUGGCACCCAUGGACUACACAGACCGAAGAAAGCGUCUUGUGGAUCAUGACGUAAUUUUAGAGGUAACUUCUGUUAAAAAUAUGCAUGCAACAAUUUGUUUCAUUCGUAAUUUAACCAUUCUUUGGUCUCCCCGAUGAUUUCAGGAAAUACAAAAAUUUUUUGUUGACUAUAUGAUCAGUGAUACCCUGGGCACCAUUUCUACUGCACAUUUGGUACACGCAGACCGUGAGCCCGACAAAGCUUUGAGUGCAAAAUGCCUUCAGUUAGCUGCACUUCACUCUAUGGCUGUUGAUUUUGCAAAAACUGGGUCCCCGGCUGAGAUGCCUCAGUUCCUGAAACCUAGAGAGUUUCCAGACUUCAUGGAGAGGUGGGACAAACCCAUGUACACCUCACAAGGAGUUUUAGGUAUACUUUACCGUGCCACUUUGGCAUCUAAAAUUCCUUGGAAGUCCAGCUUUGUAUUCUCUGCAAAGUUUGUCCAGGAUGCCUUUGACAGUGAGCUUGUAGUUGAUGGCUAUGAAGACUAUCUCGAAAUUGCUGGGAUCCACAAAGGGAUGUAUAUUGAUAAGAUGAGUACUUUGCUAACCUAUUACGAAGGAGAGACUGAAGAUGAAAUACUGACAGGGAACUUACGUCACAAAUCAGCUUACUUGCAAAGAGAUAACAGGAGAUAUGGAGAAUUGAAAGACCGUAUCUUAGUAUCUAGCAAAAGCCUGCAGAAGGAAGCCAGAGGAUGGUUUGAGAGCCAUUGCAAAACAGCAGAUGAGCAUAAGAAGCUGGCAUCAGCAUGGUAUUAUGUCACUUACCACCCAACCUAUUGUGAAGGAAGUGUGAAAUGCUUGGGUUUUCCAUGGAUUGUAGGUGACAUUCUUCUUGCCGUCAAGUCCAACUCAUCGAGCAUGGAUUUUGACCUCCCCUGACACAUGGACUGAUGGCAUUGUAGUGAAACUAAUCAUCCUCUACAGAAUUAGCAAGGCCAAUAUGUAAUUUGUUAAUCUGUUUGUACUGAAAAAGGUGAUCUCACUGUGUGCUUCUUCUAGCUCCUAGGCAAUUGCCAAAUGCUUUCAUCUAUUUUACUAACUAGUAUUCUGAUUUUCGUUUCCACUUUUGCUUUCUCUUCUGUUGUUUGUUUACUCUCUCUCACUUUUAUCCGAAUUAAAUCUUACUAUUCAAAAUAUAAAAU